AGCAGCUUGCCUCCAGUCUCUGGCGGCAGAGGAGGACUGGCUGCUGCCUGCCGGGCCAUGCGUCUCCUGGCAGCCCUCCUGCUCCUUGGCCUGGCCGGGGCCACCACACCGCCCAGGCAGGCCACGUCGGCGGGACCUCCUCCUCGCGUGGAGCCGGCGCUGCAGCAGCUGUGGGCCCUGCUGUCCUCGGGCGAAGGCGCUCUGGCCCCUGGGACCGUGGAGGCCCUGUUAAAUAUCGCGGUGGCUCGUGUGCAGUGCUCAGCAGCAGUGCCGUGUGGAAAGUGCAUCGAUGCUCCACAUAUUUUUGCACUAACUGCAGAAAACCCACCUAGCGACACCCGUCUCACAGCCUCAGAGCUGCUGCCGUUCUCUGCUGGCCUUCUUUUCUACCUCACUGACCCCAUGACGGCCUGCCAGGCAGUGGAUGAUGGACGUUGGGUUUCCAAGGUUCUUGCUUUCCAGAAUAAAUUCUCAGAAGGGAUUCUUGAGAGAGAGAAAGUGGCUGAGCUGCUGGGCACCAUCCAGAAAAAUCUCAAGGGCAAUGAACCAAUGGAGUCCUGCGCAAGAGUGGACCAGAUCCUUCGCAACAGCACUGCUGUCUCUAGUCGAGUCACACCAAAUCUGGCCGGGCAGGUGCUGGUAGCCAGCGCCUACCAUGUGCUGAUGAGGGGCUGCUUCCAUGCCCUCCCCCCUGAGAGCUACUUUCUGGAGUACAUCUUUCAGCACUACAGUAACGCGACCCAAAACCUCACAAUGGCAGGCUUGGCCAAGCUAAUGCAGAAGCUGGAGGUAGGGCCAGAGGCAUCCUCUGCAGCUCAUGACCAUGACCAUGCGCUCGACAACCAUGGACACGAGGACCACCAUGAGCAUACACAUGAGGGUGCCACACACAGUCAUCAGGAUGCGCAUGGUCACGAAGAUCACUCCAACCACGACCACGAGGAUCACUCUGACCAUCACCAUGGCAAUGAAACUGAUCACCACCAUGACGAUGAUCACCACCAUCACCAUGGCAAUGAAAUCGACCACCAUCACCAUGGCAAUGAAACCGAUCACAACCAUGACGAUGAUCACCACCAUCACCAUGGCAAUGAAACCGAUCACCACCAUGACGAUGGUCACCACCAUCACCAUGGCAAUGAAACCGACCACCAUCACCAUGGCAAUGAAACCGAUCACAACCAUGACGAUGAUCACCACCAUCACCAUGGCAAUGAAACCGAUCACCACCAUGACGAUGAUCACCACCAUCACCAUGGCAAUGAAACCGAUCACCACCAUGAUGAUGAAAUUGAUCACCAUGGAAACCAAACAGAAACAGUCCGCCGAAAGCGAAGCCCUCCUGGCCCCGGAGAACAAGACGUACACCAUGAAGUCUGGGAUACGGUCUGCCUCAGCCACAGCGACCUGUUUGAGAUUUACAGCAUUGACCCUGACGCAGGAAUCUCUCGUCCAGACUUCACGCGCUUGAGCCCCGCUUUGGUCCAGCAACGGCUUAGCGGGGCCUGCACUGCCCCACGGACUGCCCCUGUGGACGGGCGCCUCACCGAAGCUGAGAGGUACAUCUACGGCUCGCUGGCCACGCUGGUGAUCUGCUUGUGUGCCCUUUUUGGCAUUGUGAUUCUCCUGUGUACAGCUUGCAUCGAGGCCUACCAGUAUGUCAUCCAGGUCUUUGUCAGCCUGGCUGUGGGAUCGCUCACCGGGGACGCCAUGCUGCACCUCAUCCCCAAGUUCCUGGGCCUGCAUUCUCACUCUCACGGUGAGGGCCAUGCAGAUGACCACCAUGGAGCGGGAGGCCAGGACACCCUGUGGAAGCUGCUGGCCGUGCUGGGAGGCCUCUACCUCUUUUUCCUUCUCGAAAAGUUCUUCAUCCUGUUGGGACAAUCGGACGGUGAGGAGACCUCGGAGUCCAGCAGCAACGGGCACCAGUGUGACCAUGGCAUGUCCCUGCAACUGUACCAGGAUGAGAUGAAGAGGCGGAAGCAGGAGAAAGGGGCUUCUCACACUGACCUGGUGGCUGCAGAGGAGGCUGAUUUCAGCAAACUGCAGAAGAAGGAACCCAACCGGGAGCUGCGCAUGUUACCCUACAUGAUCACCAUCGGAGAUGCCAUCCACAACUUUGCUGAUGGGCUGGCCAUUGGCGCCGCGUUCUCUGCCUCCUGGAAGACGGGGCUGGCCACCUCACUGGCGGUCUUGUGCCAUGAACUGCCCCAUGAGCUCGGGGACUUUGCCGCCCUCUUACACGCAGGCCUGAGUGUGAAGCGGGCGCUGCUGCUGAACUUCGUCAGCGCCCUCACAGCCUUCGUCGGCCUCUACAUCGCCCUCUCUGUGAGCACCGGGGAGGAGUUUGAGGCUUGGAUCUUCACCGUGGCCACUGGCCUCUUCCUCUACGUCGCCCUGUGUGAUAUGCUCCCGGCCCUGAUGAAUGUGAAGGACCGACGGCCGUGGCUGCUUUUUGGGCUGCAGAACCUGGGCCUGUUGGCGGGCUGGGCCAUCCUGCUGCUGCUCUCACUGUUUGAGGAGAACAUCACCCUUUGACCCUCCUCCGGCCACCAACGAUCUUGACUUCUGCAGGCCCAAGAGGCAGGACCUCUUGCGACCCAGCUGUGGUCAUGGCAAGGGUGUGCUUCACGGGAGUCUAGAGAAAGGGGGCGCAGCGCUGGGGAGGUGGGAAGCUCAGACCCAGAGGUGGGCAUUGGCACUCAGAGGGAACGGAGAUGGACGUGGCCACACCCGUGGACAACAAGAGCGCCCCCUUGAGCAAUGCCCGAGCCGCCCUUUCCUCCCUUAUGCUACGUACUGUAUUUAUUUUGGCCCUUUUUACACAUUCCCUCCGGGAUCCCAAAUGGCCCCUUUUCUGCUGCAAUCCAGUCCGGCUUCAUGCCAACUGGCAGUGCCCAUGAACCCAGCAAGAGGCUGGUGGUUUCCAGAUGCGGACAGCCUCUUCCCUCCUCCCCACCAAGAAAGCCUCGUCGGGGAAGUUUCCUCCGCACCCACAAGGGUCACCCUGCAGCCUCAGUAGCUUCAUGAGAAGGCUGGACCUCUUUCCUCCGGACUGGCAUGGGUGAUCUCACCAAAGGCCUUGUGAGAGACACGUUUGGGAGCAAGUGGGCUCCGGAGACGACUCCUGGGGCCCGUAAAAGGAUGGCCCCGUAGCUCAGUAGCAAGAGAUCACCUGCUUUGCACAAACAAGGUCUCAGGUUCAACCCCAACACCUCCUGAUAGGGCUGGGAAAGAUUGCUGUCUGAAAACCUUGGAGCAGGGGCAGCUAAUCUGAGGCUCUCCAGCUGAUGUUGGACUACAGCUCCCAUCACCCCCCUCUGACAACUGUAGCUGAGGAUAUUGGGUUUUGUAGUCCAGCAAUAGUUGGAGAGCCUCAGGUUCGCAACCCCCGGGGGCCUUGGAAAGAUGCCGCUGUGCCAAGUGAAUGGUGCCAUGUGGCUGGAGCAGGGGUCUGAUGCAGAAAGCAGCUUUGGAGGUCCAAGGGCUCUCCCAAACAUCGGAUAGCUGGAGGUGGACUGCCAUUAUUCAGGGAUGUAGGACAUACGCUUUGCACAUGCUCUGAGGCACUCUAGUUCUACUUUACGCAUUGACAUCUAAACACUUGGUUUGGGGGCCUUGAGCUCAUUUAAGCCCCAUAGGAGUGCACCUUCCCCCCCCCUCUCUACACGUUCCCAUGGAAGUGUUUUUUUCUGGGGGCCUGUCCUUCCAGCUGCACUGUGACCCCUACUCCAAGGAAGAACAAGCUUCUGAGUACAGGGAUCUCCGCUCCCUGCUCUGUGUCGGACACUGUCACUGUCAUACUGUCUGUGAAGGCAGGUGGGCAAAGAAGUAGAUCUAGAAUCUCCUUUAUGCAGGAUGUAUUCAGGUGUAUUCAUCAUGUCUGAUCAGUGGUAAAUAAAACCUAUUGAUUUUCGGCAUAUCUGACCUGGGUGCUUUCCAGAUUACACAUUAUAAUUGUUUAACUACGUAUCUGCUAAGUGUGCAUCUGUGCAUCCCUUCCCUGCUAACUGGGCAAAGAGGCACCUUUUACCAUGGUGAUUCUCUUUAUUUAGCAGGGGGAGAGUAACUGGCCCUAUCCACCCCCAGCACAAUACUUCCAGUGACUGUUGCUGGUGUGUGUCCUAUGUUUCUUUUUAGAAUGUGAGCCCUUUGGGGACAGGGAGCCAUCUUAUUUGUUUUAUUUCUCUUUGUAAACCGCCCUGAGCCAUUUUUGGAAGGGCGGUAUAGAAAUCGAAUUAUUAUUAAUAAUAAUAAUAAUAAUAAUAAUAAUAAUAAUAACAACCGUGUUUUGACACUGUCAUGGUGUAAUGACAGCAAGGUGCCGUUCGCACAGGGAAAGCCUUCUUCUGGGUUUUAUCUUUACAUUUUUGUGUUAACAACAUUGCAUGUGCAUUCCAAAAAAUAGCUCUAUUUCCCCAUUUUAGGAGGGCUGUCCCGCUGUUUCUGUAGUGUAAUGUGGUGUCAUGUGGAAGGUUCAUUCAGCAAUUUGACGUUUCAAUAUCUUAAUCUCCUCCCAGCUUUGGAAAUUAUCCUUCCCCACCCCCCCACCCCCGGGUGCUCUUGUGCAGUGGUGCAUCAGUGCAAAUUCCUUUUUAUUUGCUUUUCACUCAUCUCCCACCUUUGCCAUUGUGAUGAUAUUUCUUUUUAUAUGUCUGUGAUUAUGUUUAUUAUUGUCCAGCUGGGUAUGUCUUCCCUCAGCUUUUGAAAUGAUGCUUAAAAAAUUAUUAUUCAAUAUCUUUAUCUCCUCUCAGCUUUUGUAAUGAUCCUUCGCUUGCUCCCAGGUGCUCUGGAGCAAUGGUGCAUUGGUGUAAUUUCCUUUUUAUUUGCAUUUCUCUCUUCUCCCACCUCUGCUAAUGUUAAACCUAUUGUGAUUUUAUAUAUAUACUGUAUAUAUACUGUGUGUGUGUGUGUGUAUACACAUACAUACUGUAUAUAUACAUACUGUGUAUAUAUAUAUAUAUAUUUCUGUGAUUAUGUUUUUUUCUGUUCUACCCACCCACCCACCCCUGGCCAGUGAGUUUUUAAAAAAAAAACUAAUUGUCAGCCAUAGCAAGGAAUAGUUAAGUUUGGGCAAGUUAGAAAAGACUGCUCCCCCUGCAGGUGGCUUUGCACAAAGCCACCAAGAAAAAAAGCCUCAUCACGUCAUUGUCCCUCACCUCCUUUGCAACCCCAUUGGCCUAAAAUGGGGCAGUAGGAGGGCACAGAGAGCACGUCUUACAAACAAUAUGAACAGUCCCUGCUGGGAAAACACAUUGUUAUGGGUAGCAAUACAAACGGCCGCAGCUGUACCACGAACUAUGUAGCCAACGGCUUUCACACUUUAUUUACGUUUUGAUUACGAUCCUGCCAAACUGAAGUAUUUUGCACCACUGCCAACCACUGUAGAGCUCACAGUCUGGAAACGGCAGUGUGGUUCAGGGCAAGAUCUGAGGGGGUGGGAAGGACCCCAGGCAGAAUCAGCCUGCGGAGAGGGUUCUCUUCCUGGUGGAGCCACAAAAUCUCUUCCUGGUGGAGCCACAACCUUAUUGUGAACUGCCCAGAGAUGUAAGUUUUGGGAGGUAUACAUAAAAUAAAAUAAAUCUAGAGGUUGAGACAGGAGGCACACAACACAUUCUAAACCCUAAGUGAACAUUCAGACAUAGUGGGAUGGCAGAGCUAGGAGAACCUCUUUGUUGCCAUGUCCCAACUAUGAAGAAGAGAAGGAGGAGGAAGAGGAGUUCCUUUAAGUCAUCAAAAUCUGUAUAUGGUCUUCUAUUGAACAGCAAUGAGGAGAAAGCAUGUGUGAGCCCAGGAAAGUAGAUGACAUCAGAACUAUCUUUUUCAGUGCUAUCAUGUGUCAUCACUUAUAUUUAUUUGCAAAGAAGAGGGGAGAUAUGCACAAAAAAUGAUGGCAUUCUGAAUAUGGUUGCUGGACAUUUCUACAAAUAUACAUCCUUCUGGAAUUACUAAAGGGAAAAGGUGCUUUGAAAGGUUUUAAUAAAUGGCCACAGCAGGUCUCUUCCUACUGCC